GAUAUCUGUUGAGUGUACAAUAUGGGUUCCUGUGUACAAAAAUAACUGACUUGUACACUUGUAAAAUUCACCAAGUGUAUAUUCUGUGUACACAAUAGUUGUGCUUGACAAAUAAACAAAUGUGCAAUCUUUCACACAAACUAUUGCACAUGUGCAGAGUCCUCUUGUACUGUGUUCAGUGUAAUGUGUGAAUAAGCCCAGCUGGCAGGCUAGAAACUGUGUAAACAAGGUAUUGCCUGGAGAUGGCAUUCCUAUGGCUGGAUCAGCACUAUCCUGUUGAUAAAUCCACAUGCCAAUCCUAGUUGCCUUUAAUAAUAAGUUUUAUUAUUACUUCUGAGUAAAUGUAUGUACUCAUUUAGUUUGAUAUUUUAACAGUCUUUCCACUGUUGCUUUAACUGCUCCUUCCACUAGCCCUUCUUCUCAGUCCCCAGACAACAUUGAAUAGUGGCAGCAUCUAUUUAAACUGAUUUUACAAAUACAGUGGACACUCGCCUUGCGAACGUGAUCCGUGCGGGAGGCAUGUUCACAAUCAGCAGCAUUUGCAACCUACAGCAAUGCGUCUGCGCACGUGCAGGUUGUGAUUCAGCGCAUGCGCAAAGCGUGAUUUAGCGCUUCUGCGCUUGCGCAAGCGCCGAAACCCGGAAGUAACCUGAUCCAGUACUUCCAGGUUCGGCGCAGUGUGCAACCCGAAAACACACAACCUGAAGCUUCUAUAACCCGAGGUAAGACUGUAAUUAAUUAAGAACUUGGUCUUAGCUACCUCUAGUAACUUCAAACUCCAUCAUCCCGUGGGAGAGAAAAGUAUAUAUUGGAAAGAUGUGCUCCGCUCAUUUGUGUCACUCAAUACCCAUGCAUGCUUUCCAAAUAUUUCAAAAUGUGACAGUUAAUACUCUGUGUUCCAGGCCUUAGCACUUUAAUGUAUUGCAGCUAUGGACAUGAACCUUCCUCUCAUCAGAUCACAGACUUGGGCCACAAUUGAUGGUGCCGUUCUAUCGCACAGUUGUGAAUAGUUGAUGGACCUCUACGCAUAAUCCAUUUGUCAACAUUGUUUGCCAUAAAACUCAAAGAUGGCUGCAUUUUCAAAGAAGCUUUCUAAAAGCAUCUCUGCUGUGUUUUCUCCCCCUUCCUAUUGCUGUGCUGUUAUGAGCAAAAUGUUCAGCAUUUAAGAAUAAUUUGUUUGAAAAAUAGGUAAGAGCAAAAUGCACAGCAUGUCUACUCUAAAGACUGUUCCAAUUGUCCCUUACACACACACACACACACACACACACACACACACACACACACCACUGGUGUGAUUUAGCAUUGCUAUAAAAUUAAAAUGUGAAAAUUGCUCCAAGGCAGAAUGCUAUCACUUUAGAUGUAAAGCUAUCAGCUCUCACCAUUAAUAGGCAUUGAAUUUUCAAUCAAAAUAAUUCAAUCAACAAUCAAAACAAAACCAUGGACAAUUGAAAAAUACAGUCUAACAGCCUUGCAACUAGCCAUUAUUUCCCCCCUCCCUUCAUUGAUUUUAACUCUUACAAUCCCAAUGCAAUGCUAUGCAAGCUGAGAAUAUUGCAAGUGACCUUCAAGCCUGAUAUUUAGGAGCACAAGUUCUAAAUAGUUUAACUGGAAUAUUAACCAGUUGAAGCUUUUGCAGCCCCAUGUCCCUGGUCAGAGGCCACCAGGGAGGGGGGCAGGUGAAGUCAAAGCAGCAAAAAAUAACAUGACACCAUCUUGAGAUUGAAAUGGCCACAAUUUUAUUGAUCACAGAUGUGAGCAGACUUUGGCAAAGGUGUUGGGUAUGUAUCCUGACUCAGCCAACCCAGUUACUGGCUGAUACUACAUCAGGGUAAAUUCUGGGCUUCAAUACCCUCCCAUGACACAGAACUGUGAGGUCAACCCACCAGGACACCAUUUGGACACCAUUCUAUGGCCCAAUGGUCCCUGUCUGGGAUUUCGGGCAGAACCCAACCCCUGCACCCCAUUACUGGGGUAUCCUGAAUUUGAUCCUGGAUCCGGGGAAGGGGCACCCAACUCCCCACAGCUUAGACUAAGGAUCUAACCCAAUCCCUUCUUUCUGCCAAAAGCUAUAGCAGUUGCUAUGAGAUAGGUAAAACCAUCAGACAGGCCCAAUUCAUCAGCAACCAAUUAAUUCCACAGCAAGGUCAUACAGAUACACUCCCUGCUUACCUCUGAGCAGAGCCAAUGAAUACAGUGGAUUGGCACUGGGUGUUUGGCGAGCUAAAAUUUCCUUUGUGAUAUGAAAGCCCCUACCUGUAUUAGUGUCAACGAGCCCCAUCCUGUAUAUUUAUUUGCUAACACAGCAACUCUUAGAAUGAGGCUGUUAGUCUUUCUCUUACCUUUAAGAUAUUAAUAAAGACACAUUAAAUUAUAGCUGUGUGAGAGUGUGGAUGAUAAAAUGGCAGGAGCACCCAUUUAUAUGCACAUUUAAUUAUGCGUAAAUAUAACGUUACCCCAGACUUAAUAGUCUGUAAAAAUUCAUCAAGCUACAGUUUACAACCUUUGCCUAGCAAUUUGCUUCAUGUUUUGAAACCUGUCUGCUUUGUUACUCCUUCACUGGCCAUGCAGUAACUUUUCCUAAAUCUGUUAGGAAAGGUAAAUACUACAUCAUCUAGACAGGAUUCUGCACGAUUAGACCUAGUGAAGCAGCACACUGUCUGGAGGAUAAUUAAGCCAUAAACAUGUCUACAUAAUUUUACUCAUUGCAGUCCUAGGACGAAUGGUUGAUUUGCAGAUGAGCAAAGAAAAUAAUGCACAGAGGCUUUAAGAGCCUUAGGACAUAGCUGAAAAGUAAAUUUAAACUAGAUGCUGGGGAGGGUUGCAGAUGGACCCUGGCACCCAUUAGCCCCAGCCAGCAUGGCCAAUGGUCAGAGUUGAUGGGAGCUGUAGUCCAAAAACACAGAGACACACAGACUGGUCCCAGUGUAGCAAGAUGCAUUGUAUUUCUAUUUAAAUUACAGGCAAAUUACGUAAUAUAUUUGGAUAUAUACAUAUGAAUUGGCAUAUGCAAAUGUUAUGCAAAUCCAUGGCCUCUAAUGCCUCAUUUUUUCCUUUUUUAGGUGAUUUUGGCUACUUGGCACCCCUUCUAUUUGUCCACCAAACUCAAUAUUACCUACUCAGGCUGUCAGUGACUCACAAGGAUGAAGCCUGAAGGCUUGCUCAAUCCUGCUAAUUGGAGAUGCCAGAGAUCUGGGACUUUCUGCAUGCAAAGGCUGGUCCUUCUCCAAAUUUCCAGAUAGCUUAUCAGAAAUUUCCAAUAACAUGCACAGCCUAUUUACCACCCCUGAAAUCUGUGAGCAGGCUUUCCACGUAGAUGACCAGAUAUGCCAAUUUUGCUUCCUCUCAGUUUCUUAUUUUUCCAGUCUUAAGUUCAGAUCUCCACAUUUACACAUCAGUUGAAUUAAAAAUAAAAAGUUCCCAUGACAAUUUGUCAGCAUUUUUGCAUGAAGCUCUCCAACUAUAUGUGUGUUAUAUGCAUCCUCCCAUAUAAUAUAUUUUGUAUGUUAUUUUCACUCACAUAGGCAUUUAAAUGCAAACUUCACUGCAUGCCCUUUUGUUCACGCUACUUGGGCUUGAGAGCUGCAUUGCAAAAUUCAGCGGUGUGAAUUUCUGUGUUUGGGUUUACAAAUUUCCCCCCCAAAAGUGUGAAUUAGGUAUAUUUGCCUUUAAACGCAAACUGAAUUGAAUUUAUCCCUCAUCCUUACCUAUGAGAGAGCUGCGUAUCUUCCAGCCUCAACAUUGCCAUAGGGGGAGGUGAAAGUAUUCAAGAUGCACACCCCUCAGCUAAAUAAAUCUGCCUUCGAGUUUCAUGACUACCUUCUCCCUUCCCUGGGAGACAAAGAUUGCAUUGAUCCUUCAUCACUUUUCACAACACCGACCCCCAGUUUCCACUCUUCACUACCUUCUCUUUGCUUGGACCUUCUGUUUCGUUUAUAUAGCAGUCACUGCAACUUGGUAUAUCACUCAUUCCUAGUUGCCACCUCCCAUAUCCACAAUGCUGGUGAAACAAGAUCAGGGCCAAGCCCUGCAGGGUCUCCAGCCUUCCACAUUUGCUCACAGUUGACCUGCAUCCCACUGCAAAUUCCAUAUCAAAUCCUACUAGAAAUAAAGAUCUGAAGGUUAUAGCAACAUUCUACUUGUAUUUUAUGGAAAUAUUAGAUGAAUAUUAGGAUGAAUUUGUCACCUAUCUUCCCUUCCCAAGGCACCUUGCAAUUUGCUCCUUCCCAAUUAUUACCAAAAGCAGAAGGUGGCAGGUGAAUGUAAAGAUUAAUCCAUUAGGGUGAACAUACUUCCAUUUCAAAGUUUGUUAAUUUUCUUUCUACUUUGUCAGUUCUAAUUUAUCAUCCAACUUGAAAUGUAAUAAUUCUGCUGGUGCUUGAGUUCUAUAAUGUAGCGAAGGCUGUAUUAGAAUUAUGAAACUGCUUAUAGAUUCUAGCGACAUUUGUUAAUAUAUUACAAGGUAACACAUGUUGAGAUCAGGCUCCCGACAUGUCAAAUUAAAUCAAAAGAAAAAUUAGUGAAGACAUAGCUCAGCUGAUGUUCAAGCAAUUAUACCGAAACAGAAAACAGGAUUUCAGAGGAUUUAAAAAAUGGAUACUGUAUUUCCAUUGGAAAGCUUUUUUUAAAAAAGUUUUUUUUAAAAAAACCCCUAAAGCUAUAACAAUACUUCACUUUUGUGUUUUAUAAAGUACCAUCGGUUUUGAAUUAUUGCAAUGGAUCUGUCUGUCAUUAAUAUUCUUUGCUCUAUUAAAAUGACCAAAGUUAUUCAAACAAGUUUUCUCCUUUGUCUUAGCAAUUUUCUCCAUUAUUCAUAAAAGGGUACAAAACCCUCCACUCACAAUCAACAACUCACAACCAUUAAAACAAAUAGGACUAUUUAAAACAAAGCCUUAACAUUCUCUGGAAAGAAAAGUAUACUAGCAUCUCUUCCUAAGAGGUUAUUAGAGGAAAACGAGAUUAUUUCCAGUGCAUCAUCAAAAUAAGCACUUGCUGUAAACACAAAUACGUCAAAACCUUUAUACGUGUAAAAAAAUAUGAAACUCUAAACUUUAGUCCUCAAACACCAUUUAUGAAGUACCUGUUGUUAUAGAUCACAGCUACAGAUCAGAAUUUGGGUGCCUGUGUAUCGUUAAUAUGUCUCUAUGUGCGCAGUGCUCCCCCCCCCCCCAAACAAAGAGGAGCCCUCAGAGCCAAGGAAGGUGACCCAGAAAGAAACCCCUUUCUUGCAGUGCCCCUGUGCAUUUGCAACAGAAGCGACGCAGUGCAAGUGCAUGUGUGUAGCAUUUUUAUAUUUAUUGUUCUGCAUCAUAUACAAUUAAAACACUCUAUAGUUUGGAGAAGGUCUAAAGCAGGUUGAUGCAGGUUAAAGCAGGACUAAAGAAGGUCGACAUCAAUUUUAUUUCUUCUUUGCUGGUUCUAAUUUAUCAGCCAACCUGAAAUGUAAUAACCGUGCUGGUCACUGAGUUAUAUAACGGAGCCAAAGUUGUAUUAGAGUUACGAAACUACUUGUGGAUUCUGGCGAUAUUCAUUAAUAUAUUACAAGGCAACGCAUGUUGAGAUCAGGCUCCCAGUCUCAAGUGUUAUGGCUGUGAGUUGUAAGCAUUAAUGUCACUGAACGAUAAUGAUAUCUGCAGAUUGUUUAUUUCCAGUUGUGCUUCUAUAGACUUUUUCUCCUAAUGAAGUAUCAGCGAGACAUAAUCUGCAGACAUAAUUUUGUUUUUGCCAUUUGCCAUGGUUCCAUUCAUUGGAAGCAAUGAUAAUUCAUUCUCUCCGGGUCUCCCCUGUAUUCUGUGAAAGUGUGAUAAAGCAACACAGUAAUUUACAGAUUUAGUGAAGACAGAUUUAUUCAUGUAAUCCCAUUUUCCCUCCUCAGCCCCUUAUUUUGGAAGGAACUGUGGGACUUGGGUUCAAAUAUAAGUGAGGAAAAUGGAGGUGAAAAUGUCAGAGCCCCAGACAGUGCAGUGCGCCUCCAGGCCAUCUUCUCCUAACAAGUCCUGAAAGGAGGAAACAGAAACAUCCAGUAGGCAAUUGAAUAGGACAGGACAGCAAAAAAAGGACAAGGAUUCAUCUAAGAAAAAAGGGGAAGAGGGGAAGAAAGCAAGAGGUAUAACUCAUCUGGCUAUGCUAUUUAAAGCAAAUCUCUAAACAACAGGAAGGUUAGAAACUUAGAACCAGUGACCAAUUAGUUGCUUUGGCCAAUCCCCAACUGCACUUCUGGACUGAGAUGUAGCAAAGAUGGCCAUGUGUCUUACUUUACAGAAGACAGUCCUCUGUUUCAAGGCAUCCUCAGCCGAUUCAAGUUUGCUUAAAAGAAAAAGAAUGAUAAAUAUGGAGAACAGGGGCCUUGAAGUUCACCAUCAACCGAGAACACUUGGAGAAGAGACUCGCCUGAUCGCGAUCUCUCUCCCAGAGCUCUGAAAUAUAUUGUUUUUCUAUUUAAAUUAUAGUAAUUACUUCUAAGUUUGCAUAUACAAAUAAAUUAGUCUAUGUACAUUUUAUGCAGACCUAUCUUUUUGGGGAAGGAUGUGUUUUCUCUUUAUUGACAGUGAGUGGGUUUGGAUUGCAGCCAUGGUCUGUGUACAGUGGUGCCCCACAAGACGAAUGCCUCGCAAGACGGAAAACUCGCUAGACGAAAGGGUUUUCCGUUUUUGAGCUGCUUCGCAAGACGAAUUUCCCUAUGGGCUUGCUUCGCAAGACGAAAACGUCUUGCAAGUUUGUUUCCUUUUUCUUAACACCGUUAAUAGAGUUGCGACUUGACUUCGAGGAGCAACUCAUAGAACGUGGUGUGGUAGUUAAACUUUUAAAACUUUUUGGGGGGGUUUGGAUUUUGGGUUGGGGUGUUUGGAAUUCAAGGACUUGGUGUUGGGGAGGGGUCUGCAAGAAUCUGGAAGCUUGUGGUUUUUUCCCCUGCAUUUUUAUGAUUUUCUGUGACCAUUGGGCCACUCUGCUGUUUUUUAAAAAAAAUUCUGGAUUUGAAUUUCUGUGUGGUGGGUGGCUGGGGGAACAGUUGAGGAGGGGGUUCUUCAGCAAGAAGCAAAUAGAGGAAGAGGAACCUUCUUCGAGUUGACCCACAGAGUCAUAGAAAAUGUACAGUACACUUUGUUGAUUUUUAAAUGUUUUUCUGUCAUGUUUAGAAACUUAAUUUUUGUUCCUUCAAUUUUUGAAAUACUCUUUACAGUAUGUGUGACUUUAAAGAGCACUUAAUAAACUCUUGUUGUACCAAAUUUGGCUUUGUUUGGACUUUUUUUGACCAUAGGAACGCAUUAAUUGAAUUUCAAUGCAUUCCUAUGGGAUUUCGUGCUUCGCAAGACGAAAAAUUCGCUAGACGAAAAAACUCGCAGAACGAAUUAAUUUCGUCUUGCGAGGCACCACUGUAUAUGUUUAGUCAAAAGUACACACAUGACAAACAUGACAGCAUGAUAUCAUUAUUUACUAAAAGGCCUGCUUGCCGGGGGGGCAGGGCACCACAGAUCAAACUGUGCCUUGUUAUGCAGAAUGCGAGAGCAAUAAAAGGGGAAACCUUUCUUCAACAAAUCCACAUUGUGAUGGAAUUUGACAACAUUCUACAUCCCUAACACAGAACUCUUCAUUUAUAUUCUGUAUCAAGCCCUGGACAUGUGUGUUUUGAAGAAGUCACAUAAUUUUUAAUAUGAGAAGCACUGUGCCGCAAUUCUAAUUUAACCAUCCUUAUGCACUUACCAAGUGCAAGAAUUUUUUAAUUAAGUCCUUGAUCCAAGAAUUUCAUCCUAAUUUGCAGUUAGGGGUGUACUGGCCAUAACAAAGGUGGUUGCUCAUUCCUUUUCAUCUUCAGCUGUGGAUUGGAGAAGGCUCACAAGCAGACAUUUGUCCUGCAGUGAACAUGUGCUAUUGCAACUCUCCCAUAUUAACAGCUUGCAUGGAUUAAUUGGAAGGAACACUUCAUUCUUGUAGGGGUUUUCAAUCCUCAAGAAAUGUUUUAAAGCGUGAAAUGUAGCUAAUAGCCUGGCAAAUUGCAAAGCAGAGCCCACCACUAUAUGGGCGAUGAGCAAAUAUUCAUUCUUUAUAGGAGUCUCUGAGAAAAAGCAAAGAGAUUUUGCCUGCUGCAGGCUUCAGACGAGAUCCAAAGAGCUAAUUUAGGUACUCCCCAAGUGGUUAGGCACACCCAGAGGGUUUGGAAGAAGAAAAGAACAGAUCUCCUGUUCAAAAGCAGUAGCUAUUUGAAUCCCCCCAGAGUUUCUACAGCAGUUUGCCAUUUAAAAUGGCAGAUGCUGUUUAGCAAGCCACAAAGCCAAAGCCCCACUGGAACUCAUGGAAAUGUGCUUGUUUAUUGAUAAAAUGCACUAACCACUAGGGGCGGAUGAAUCUGUUGGUUUCAGUUACUUAUCUCUCCAUUCUUAAGUUCAUUUAAUCACAUUUCUACAUCUCUUUGCAUUUUUUAAAGUCUUGAAAACUAUCAGCGUUUUAAUGCUCAAUAUUCUCACACAUGUUUUUGAAUGCAAUUUUGCCUAAUAUACACAUUUUUUUCCAAGAUUCACACACACACACACCCAGAUAAAAUGUAUUUUUGGUAUGACAUUUUCACAGACAUUUUAAUGCAUGCAUGCCUUUAGUACAUUACUUUGGCUCGAGGACUGCAUCACAAAAGUGCAGGUUUUGAAGGAUAGCUGUGUUUGGGCUUCUGUAUUGUUUUGGGAAGUAUGAUUCAGGUGGCUCCACAUUUUAAUUUUCCCCACAUCUUUACUAACCAUCCAAGGAAGAGUUAGGCAGCCACCUCAGGCAACAGAUUCUGAAGUGGGUGGGGAGCAGACUGAGCUGUGUGCCCUGUAGCCAGCCCUGUGCCCUCUAAGCUAGCCAACUGCCUUAAUGUGCAGUAGAGGAUGUUUUCCUGUUGCCAAUGUUGAAGUAAGAUUUGACUGCCAGUCCAUUUGACUUCUUCUUUUUUAAAAAAAUAUUUUAUUAAGGAUUUUCUUGUUUUACAGAAGUGUAAUGCCUCGUAUUUUUUUUUCCAUGUAACAUUUUUACAAAUCCGUUUCAUUUGUUGAGGCAUUAGGGGGAGGAGGAAAAUGGGAAAAAGAAGGGGGGUGGAGAGAGGGAAGAUGGAUGGGGUCAGGGUCGGGUGGCGGUGUUUCUAUUAUGUUUAAUGUAUGUAGAGUUUGGUGUCAACGUUGCUUGUGUUGUUCACUUGUGUUCCUUUGGUGGUGAGAGAAGUUGGGGUUGGCCUAGGGUGUGAUUGGAAUGGGAAGGUGCUAUCUUAUCCUUUGCCUCUGGCAGCAAAAUGUCUUGUAUCAGCCUUGCCCCUUCUCUAUUAAAAACACUCAUGGUAUGGCUUUGCACAAAUAAUAACAUCAAUCUAACAACACACACAGUGUCAAAGUAGAGCCACACAGUAAGUACCCAAAUGAGCCAUGUUUAAAAGCGUUUGGAUAAUAAAAAAAGUCUUCACCUAGGUGGAAUCUUUGAAAAAUACAUUGAAUUUGGCAUACCUCACUCUCGCCAUCUAGUGUCACAUUUGUAUAUUGCACUUUACAACACAUUUAAAACGUUUUGUUUGCAGCUGUAUAGCUGAGUCCUAGUGUCCAAAGCUAAGCAGUGAUGCUGCCUCUGAGUCUCUUUUACCAUGAACUUCUUUAGAUCUUAGGCAUUAUCUUACACUUGAUUACAGGUAUGUUGUGCAUGCUGAAGUCACUUAAAUGGGUGAGUUGCCAGGUAAAAAAAUGGGAAAUUUACAUGGAAAAUUUAGGGCUUCUUAUUCAAGUAAUACUCUAUAACUCUUCUGUGCCUGUCACUAGAUAUGGUCGUGUGUACUGGGUAGUAUUUUGAUGGUUCUGCAGUCAUCAGUACUAACCAUAUAAGGACAUGCUAUGGACCAAGAGCAAUCCAAAUCUCUGAUUUGCAUGGGCUGUGGGAGUCAAUGAGUGAAUAUGAUCCCCAAAGUAAUUACCAUGUGGAUAGGUUGAGAGAAUAAAGUCAAACAGGUAGUUCCAGACAUGCCCUUCAAGAAACAGAGGCACUCUUUUGAUUUGUGGACUUGCCUCCAAUACACCACUUCCUCUAUCUGGCUGAAUUAUAAAUGCUAAGGAAUUCGAACAAGAAUAUAACCAAUGACUUAGAGCUAAUUUACUUCUUCAGUUUCUGGCAUGUUAUACAGUGCUCCUUAUAACAUUUGUUUGUUUUGUUUUUAAAAACGUGCGUGCCAAACAUGGCAGCUAGCUAAAUGUUGGAAAAGAACAAUAAAAACAAUAUAAAAACAAGUUUCUAUUUAUAUCACAUUAAAAAAUAUGCACCAGUGUGAAACAUAUAAACUUAUCCAGGAGACCAAAAUAGAAAAAUAACUAUCAACGAAAAUAGCGUGAUUCCCUAAAGGCUUGCGGGAAUAAGAGUGUAUUUAGCCUUCUAAAGUUAAAUACCGAGCUUGCUUUGUGGGUUUUUUUCAAGGUGUGAGUUCCUUAAUGGGGAUGCCACUAAAGAAAAAAUCCUGGUCCUAUUGGAAGGAAGGAAGGAAGGAAGGAAGGAGGGAAAGUUUUACAAAGUAUGAGAAGACAGGUAUGAGAAGACUCAGAGAGGUUUUGAAAGCUACAUAAGGCAUAUAACAGAGGAAAUGACAAGGAUGGCAGAGAAAUUCAAUUCAGUUCACAUUUAAAGGUGAAUCUACCCAAUUCACACUUUCUUAAACAAUACAUGAGCUGAAACACAGCAUUCCUUCAAAACCGACACAUCUCUGAAUUUUGCAGUGUAGUUCUCCAGGCUAGUAAUGUGUACAAAAAUGUACAUACUAGGGUAAAAUGUGCAUCUAAAGACAUAUAUUAGUGAAAGUAGCAUGCAAAUGCAUUUUAUUAUGGGGAAAUGCUUGCAAAAAAUGCAUAUAUUUCUCAAAACUUCAUAGAAAAAUGUACUUAUUAGUAGAAAUUCUCACUAAAAUAAUGGUGCAAAAUUUCAUGAGGCUUUUAAAAAAAUACAAAUAUAGAGAAAUGUGGAGUGCUGAAUUUAAGAGUGGAAUAAUGAAGAACUGAGAGAUUAAAAAAUACAAUCUAACAGCCUUGCAACUAACCAUUAUUUCCCCCCUCCCUUCAUUGAUUUUAAAUCACCUGAAGAUGAGAGAUGAGGCAAUGUAUGGACUUACAGGGUUCUGGAGGCAAGGAUGAAGAAUCUGCACACAAUCUAGGUGUUGACCAGAAUCUGGUGUAAAGAUUUAAAGGUGCAUAUUGCAUAGCCAGAAUUUUGAGAUGGUCUCACAGUAUAGGAGGGGCUCAUAUAGAAGAAGAAGAGAGCAUUCCAUGUCAGCUUUCUCUUACCCAGGGAAACUUCACAUGUUGAAGGAAAGUAUUUCGACUUGUCUUGCUGUGUAGCCUUUUUAUGCACAGGGAAAUUUACAUGCCGGGGUGCUAAUCCCCAAGCUGCAUUACUCUGCCCAGACCUUCUGUGCUGCUACACAUUUAAAUUGGCUCUUAUAUAGCAGUUCAUAGCUGCAAAAUUCAAAUAACUUGUCAAGGCAUUCAGAAAAAAACAGCUGAUUGUUUGGGAAGCAUCCCUUUAAAACUAAUGGGAGAAUGAAUUACACAAAGAUUGUUUUUCUCUGUGACAUACGUUUCUUGCAAUGCUACAUAUAUUGGCAAUCUGUGUAUAGCAAAAGAAAUGAAAGCAAGCCUUUGAGUGCCAACAAACUGGGAUUUAAAAGAAAAAAAUACUGGAUACCUUUUUGAGAAGUGAUAAAAGUUUCCUCUGUGGAUUAACUUUCCAGGUCAGAGUAAGAUGUCCUGAAAUCUCUUGAUAUUAGUCUGCCUUGCAUUAGUGGGAAAGACAUAUUCAGCACUCUCAAGGCAGUCCUUAAAACACACACAAUUUUUUUCACAAAAGCAAUUCAGUCUUAAAGCUUGUAUAAAGUAGUAAUAUAAUAUAAAGGGGAAAGAUAACCAUGCUUUGAAGUCCAGACCACAGAGAAGCUUGCUCAUAAACCUCUCAACAUUGAAAUGAACACCUUUUGUCACGUUGGCUGGAUCAUGCCCACAGGAUCAAAGUUCACUGAUAACUGGAGUUAAUGUUACUGUUGGAAAUCCUACAGUCAGGCUGAUGUUGGCCAGGACUCCUGCACUAUAUUAACCCAACCAUUCUCUGAAAAGGGCAGGUGUUACACUAUUCCUCUUCAAUUUCCUCCUUCGUAGUGAGUCACCAUUCAGCUUCUUUGAUUUCCUGCCUCUCUCUACAAUUUCAGCCCAUGUACUGAGCUCCACAGUGCUGGGAAGAUACUCCUAAUCUCCUGUACAGUUUCCCUAAUGUCAUGCAAAUAUUGCAAUUCCACCAGAGGUGGAAGAGAUGAGAUGUUACCCCUCCUUUCCCUGGAUGGCAAAAAUAUUCUGGCGCAUGUAUUGGUGUGUGCCUCCGCAUGGCCACACUGCAGAAAACAAAAGGAGCAAUCUCAGAGGUGCUAUAAAGAUAUCUUUAAUGAAAUUGUUCGAUUAUGUCACACAUUUCAAACCUAUAUCAUUCUCUACCAGGGAAUUCUAGAUACUGUUGCAAGGAGAUAUAUUCCCUUCUCCAGCUCUUUCCUCAUUCUUGAAAUGCAUUACCUUGUGAAUGAUUUCAUUAAAGAUGGGGUUUUUUUAGUACCUUUGGACUGAUCCCCGAUGUUUUCUGUACUGAAGUUCUAUUAACACAUUCUGCACAUCAGCCUAUAAAUUAGCUAAAAACCAACAACUUCAACUUAACCAGCUGUGAGACCAUUAUUCACUGAUCGGCAAGGGCACUAUGAUCAGCUGGUGGGAAAUGGAGAGUUUUGCCAUAGCCUGAUAAUUAUCGGCUACUGAUAACCUGGAGGCAGGCUUUCUCACCAGGGGCACCAAUGCUGCGGAAAGCAAUCCCUGCUGAAAUACCAGAGGCAUUUCACUGUCUUCCAAAGACUCACAUGUUUAGACAAGCAUUCCCUUGAACAUAAUUUCUGGUGUUAUUGCUUUAACUAUUGCUUUAAAGAGGGGGGGAAACCAUUUUCAACUGUGGUGCUUUUUAAUUGAUUGCUUAAUUGAAUAUUUUAAUCAAGAAUGUUUAUUUCUCCAAUGGAACUGUUAUCAUGUAUUUUAAUUGUGUGUUGAUUUCGUAAGUUGAAAACUGCUCAGAAGCCAUAUAAAUUAAAUAAAUAAAUGAGAUUCAAUUUAUGAAUGGAUAAAAAAGAGAAACAGUUAAUGAAGGGCAAGAGUGGAGGAAACUGCACUACUUUGAGAUACUGUCCCCUUGGAAGACGACGACGAAGAAGAAGAAGAAGAAGAAGAAGAAGAAGAAGAAGGAGGAGGAGGAGGAGGAGGAGGAGUUUGGAUUUGAUAUCCUGCCUUAUCACUAUCCUAAGGAGUCUCAAAGUGGCUAACAUUCUCCUUUCCCUUCCUCCCCCACAACAAACACUCUGUGAGGUGAGUGGGGCUGAUAGACUUCAAAGAAGUGUGACCAGCCCAAGGUCACCCAGCAGCUGCAUGUGGAGGAGCGGAGACGUGAACCCGGUCCCCCAGAUUACGAGACUACCGCUCUUAACCACUACACCACAUGCCUGCCCCUCCACCCUCUCCUUGAGACUAUAGCUUCUCUCAGAUAUUACUGAGAUCAGUCAAAAUCAAGUUACUCCGUUUCAUGACAUGGAAGCAGUUCCAGAAUGCAUAGGUUAGUCUUGGCAGCAAGCAUCAUUGCACAUUGUGUGUGGCAGUUGUGAAGAAAACUCAUGGGAAGGGUUAGAGAUGGGAAUCACCAUGAUGUGUGGAGGCAAUUCAUGAGAAGCAACCUGUCAUGAAAAGUUACCCAUCAUCACUCAGUUCAGAUAUAAAUGGCUAUCCAGACUUGAUUUUGGCACAUUACAUGUGUAUUCCCUGUGCAAAAUACUAGUAAAGUAAUUUAAUACUCUCUCUCUCUCUCUCUCAUUGUGAUAAGCUGUACAAACUUUUAUAUUAAAAUGUGCAUAGUAAAGUGUUUGGGGGUUGGUACUGUUUCUUGUUUUGCAUUGCCUAUAAAUGAGUUUACAAAUGAAACUAGCAGUAGGAACAUAAUAAAGUUGGCAUUCACUUAUUUAAUGCUACAGCUCUAGAAGCAGCUGAACUGUAUGUAAUGCUUAUCUUUAAAUAUGUGUCAAUCUUAUACCAGAUAGUGGGCUUUAAAAGAUCGUAAGUUACAUAGUUACAUACAAAUUAAGGUAAUGGUUUAUUUCCCCCGGGGCUCACUACAGUCUGUUCAGGGACCAAGCAAUUUGAGAAACAGAACAUGUGGAACGUUAAACAGUCCAAGAAGCAGUGACUAUACUGAUUGGUUUUAACAGCCCAAACUAAUUUAAAGCAUGCCAUUUGAUGCAAGUAAUCUUGGACUGGUUUUUUGAUUAUGCAACUGUAUUGGCAGCAGCGCUGGCACAGAGCUAUUUGUUCACAGUACAGAAGAGAACCUUUUGCUGUACCUGCUCCAUUUAGGUGCAGAGAAGGAAAUUGUUAGGGGGAAAAGCAGAUUGCAAUCCUUCUAUUAAACAGUUAACAAAACAUUAUAAUAUUCCUGAAUGCAUUACUAGAAGUUGAUUGGGAGGUUGAGGGCAUAUUGUAGAUUGGCGUAAUGUUAAAGGAGAGCAAAUAUCAUUCCCAAAAAGUCACUGCAUCCGUUAGAAAAACUAACGGUCUGAACAUAGUGUCACUUCAGUGUAAGUUGGCGACAAGAAAAGCCGUUGCCUCUGUUGUGGAACCAGGUCACUUGUGGUUUCCAGGUCAUUUGCAUCCACAAGCAUUUGCAGAAACAAUGGAACGAAUUACAGUAUCAUAUAUUUGUAAAACCCAUAGGCUAGAUUCAAUGUCAUCAUUCAGAUAUCACAACAGAUCAUUGUUACCAUAUUGGCCCGAAUAUAAGCCGCACUUUUCUCCGGCUUAAAUUUGAGAAUUUACAAAAAUUGGCUUUUACAACAUCGCUGUAGGGUUUUCUUCUACAUUUGCCAUUUAUGGGUGUGAGUGCCUGCGGAAUUUUAAGGGAGUAGGUUAUAUUUGGGCAUUGUCUUUUUUUUCUUUUUUCUCCCCAUGAAUUUUAAAGGUGCGGCUUAUAUUCAGGCCAAUAUGGUAGUUGUGAAAAGAAAACACUGUAGUGAAUUUUGGGGUUGUACAUUUUCUGUCUUUCUUCCUCCUCCUUCAUACGCAAGGAGCAAACUGCAUAUGGAAAAUGGUGGUUUGUACAAACCAUCAUUUGUUGUUGUUGUUUUAAAGUCAAGAAUAUCAAAUCACAAUUGGAUCCUGGUUUGAUAUCCCAGUUGCUUCACAAUGAUCUGCUUACACUACAAUUUAUUUUAGUCAGACACAAUGAGAAACUACAGAAAGCCACAAACUAUGAGUGGAAGCUUUAAAUCUCCGCUCUCAUGUGUGAAAGAUGGGGGAAGGGGAAGAGUGGAUUCAAAAUAUUUUCCAAACUUUUCUAUAUAUCAUCUUUCCUCAGCCACAAUCAAGGACAACACCUGAGGACCCAAAGCUGGGCAAAGCUGUUGCAAAUGUUUUCCCAGACCACUUCCCAAAUCCCCUUGCUCAUCUGCACUUUCAAGUUAAAGUGCCCUGAAACUCAGUGGAACAGCUGUAAAAUACAUGGAAUUGUGGCUGCAGCGAUGGUAUAUUUUCCUGUAUACUAGAAAUAACUGUUCUCCAUCUAUUCUUGGAUAGCACUUAAAUAUUUGAUAGCUAUUUGCUAGAGAAAUUUUUGUUUGUUUAUUCAACAGUUUUGAAAUAGCAAAAUGGUCUGCCAUUGCAGAAUGGAUUCCCCACUCCUCCUCCAUAAUAUAAUGAACAUUUAUUCAGGAAGGGUCUUAGAGUUGAUUGAACAGCAAAGAGGAUUUUGAGGAAACCUACAGUAGAAUCAGAAAAGAAAAGAUGCAUCCUUGAACCAGGUUUGCACAUCACAAUGUGCCAAACUAUGUGGAUGUGGGCUCCCAGAAAGGAAGGAGCUCACAGCUGCUUGGCUCCUCCUCAGCCUUCUUUGUCCCACCCCAUACUGAACGAUGUCCAAACCAACACUUGUGGCUAAGCUGUCUCCACACUAACCACAAGAAUAAACAUUGGCUACAGCGGCAUGGGAGUAAAAAGACCACAGGUCCUAGUAAUUCAUUAUUUGGCUUAGUGUGACAUACAACCCAGGUCAUAGUGUCUAGUUGGGAUUGGGGUGGGGGGAGAUGUGUCCAUCACAAUGUUCAGUUCACAUGAGACUGGUACAGGGCAAACCAAAUCCAGUCUUCUACUCAAUAGACAGUGGUGAAGUGUAGGUGGUUUCCCACAAGGCAAGACACAGUGAUAACAGCAAGAACCUUUAUUGAAUUAACAGAACUGGACAACAGGGGCAAAGCAACUGCUUAUAUACAUUUCUGAAGGCUUAUAUACCUGAUUGGCUGUCUAAACUUCCAAUCUGCGAAUCAUGACUCAGAGGCCCAGAUCCUGAAAUGCUCUGUGAUUGGCUAUCAUGUGUACAAUCAGAACACAGCGGCUCAGAAUCUUUAGUCCAGACUCAAGCUCAGGCACAGACCACUGAAUACAUAACAAGUGGCAUGGGGGUUCAGCUCACCUCUGGUUGAUCCUGUCAUUGUUGCAUACUGAGGAGCGAGAUGGUAAUGAGAUUGGCAUGAUACAAACACACUGACGAAACCAAACCACUUCUCCCACCGGUGCUGUUGCCCUGUGCCAACCUCACUGUUGUCUCAGCCUCUCUGCCUCUCCAUCCUGGUAUGUAGCAGUGAUGCAGGUGACCAGAGGUCAAGUGGGCACCACCACCCCGCCGGCCGCUCGCUUCUGCUCCUUUACCUAAGCCAUUGAUAGGGAACUACUGUGUAUUUUCUAACAAUACUUAUCAAAAUAGGGAUGCAUGCUCCUAAGCCUGAGCCAUAUGACCCACAUCUGGAUCAGGACGGCAGAUGCAGAUUGCAAGGCCCAUUACACACAAUUAGGAAACCUGACUGUUCCACGAAUAUAUUGAGUUCAGUGUAUAUGUUUGAUUCUAAAGUAUAAUAUACUGAUAAUAUAAGAUGAGAAACAUAUAUCGUCAAGGCUGGAUCCGUCAGGGGUCUUUUUAUUGUGUCAUUUAAUAAUUGUUCAUAAGAGUUACAUAAGAUAUGAUAAUUAUAUAAUCAUAUAAAAUAAAUCACAUCUUCAUAUAUCUCCUGUGUUGUAAAGCUCAGUGAAAUUUACUGCUGCUAUGAAUUCUUGCAGCUGUAGAGAUACAAUGUUCUCUGUUUUUAUAAAAAUAAAUAGAAACCUAUAGAUAUUGGCUAACAAAGAACUAAUACUUUUCCAUGAGGUUACUUUCUACAAUAUACAGAUUUAGUGGGAUGUUCACUUGAUGGCCACGUUUUGAGUUGUAUUUCACUUGCAAUCCAUUUUAAUGCAAAACACGACAAUUACCUUAUAUUUAUGCAUAUUUAAACAAAGCAUUUGCUUUUGAAUCAGUGAAACAAGACAUUAACCAGCCUCUAAAUGAAUAGUAUGUUGUAUCAGGCUUGUUUUCGCCCUCCUGGCAUUCAAUGUUUACAAUGCCAAAAUAUGAGAUUAUGCUCUGAGCACUCAACUAUCAUUUUCAUGGUACCAUUAAAGCCAAGCCACCUUCAUACCAGUUAUCUUUUUUUCUCAUGCAAGAAUUCUCAGUAAGCGGCCUUUUAAAGCUUAUCCACAUGACCCAUUUCUAUCAUACCAUGAAGUGAUUCUUGGAGCGUCUUUGUGAUCGAUCCAUGUGGCUAUUGGUCUUUUGAAAAUCUUGGACACAUACAAAGAGUUGAACAUGUGGGAUGAUGGAUUGUGGCCAUUAUUUCUUUCCCUUUGGGAUUUCAUUGAUGCUGCACUUAUAUUGUCCUGAAGAGAAAAGAAUCAUCCAAUUUUUUUUACUGUAUUCUUACUAAAUUCUGAAAUCACAAUAAUGAAGGCCUACACCACCAAAAUAAAUAGAGGGAUAGAGAAGAGUGCCUCUCAAUAUGUUAGCAACUAUGGGGUUUUUUAUUAAAAAAAAAUAAGGACAAGAACAAAAUCUCGAUAUACUACCUAUUUAGAACUUUCUAAAUGGAAAUGUUAAACUGAAAGUAACUGUGAGGAGUUUUUUUCAAAUCCAGUGAGGGUUUCUUAAGGAGUGGUUUUACCACUACCUCCUUCAAGCAAGCAGGGACCACCCCUUUUCGCAAGGAGGUAUGAAUCACCUCCCUGGCCCCAGCCAGCUGUCCUCUUCUUGCUAGUUUUCAUCAGCCAAGAGGUUCAAGGGUCCAGAGAGCAAAGAGUCACCCUGACUAAUGCAAACACCUUGUCCAUAUCCUCAAGCCUUACCAACUGAAACCCACCCAACACAACAAGACCAGACAAUGCUGUGGACACCCUCUGAGAUUCAUCUGUUGUAAUAGCAGAGUCAUCAUCCCAGUGGAUACAAGUGACUUUAUCCUCAGAAUGCUUUGCAAAGAAGUCACAGCAAGCUGCCAUCAGUUCUGCUACAUUCUUCAGGGCAGACUGUAAAAAGCUCCAUACCACCCAGAAUAGCUUUGUUGGAUGGCAUAAUGAGGGUGCAAUGGAGGCAGACUUUGCUGCCUUCAGUGCCACUGGGUAGACUAUGAUGAUCCCUCAACCAGUUUUCAACUGCAUCCAACUGGAGUUUUCCUCCACUCAUGUUCAAGCCAUCUCCCGGCUUGUCUAAUUGCCCUAAGCUCUGGAGUAUACCAGGGAGCCAAGCUGGCUGCUCAUAAUGGGAGAGGGCACUCAGGAAUAAUUGUGUCAAUGGUGUGAGCCAUUCAAAUGUUCCACCCAGGGCAGAAGUGCCAGUCAUCACUCAGGAAAUCCCUCAGGGCUGCCUGGAAACCAAUUGGUUCCAUCAGCCAAUUGGAUCUGUCAGCCAUAGAGUUGGGGAAGCAUCACAGAACAACUAAUUAAGCAGAAUAGAUCCUCCAUUAAUAUACUAUUAUUAUGUCCAAAGCAUGUUGCAGAAUGCACCCACAAUAAAAUACCAUGGGGGGGGGGGCUAACAAAUACUAUGUCAUUUGUAAUCCUGGCCACCAAAUUGUUUAUCAUGUUUCAAGACUAUUUGUGAUGAAGACAAAUAUCACUGGUUCCAGUACAGAUCCUGAUUAUUUCCUUCUUUCAAGAAAACUGUACAGAAUAAAAAAAUACAUUGUAGGUGAAUAGGGGUACAGCAAAGAAGAAGACGACAGUAGAAAGUUUUUCCCAUUUAACUGAAAUGGGGAUAAGCUCCCUUUACAAGCACAGUUAAGUUACUCUCAAGCCAAACUUUUAGUUAAUGAUAACUGGCAGUAUUUGCUCACCAGAUACACCCCUCUGCUCUAAGAAUUCUUCUCUCUUUACUCCUUCCUCCAUUAGUGAGUCCAGCAGUGUUAAAGAACUUUAUUGCCAAGUAGCGGCUUUUACUACUGAGCUUUACUUCAGUUAAGAAGUUUUCACAGUUAUCUAUGGGUGGAAAUCAAGAGCUGUCAUUUCUGCCCUUUAUUAAGUUUCUAUAGCAAGCACUCGCAGGUGUGAAAAUGAAAGGAGCAUUCCUUGGUACAGAGGACACAAUGAACUGUAAAUCUUUUCGCUCCCAGUACAUCAUUCUCAGGACAACUGGGGGCAAGGAGUCUUUCUCACACACCUCGCUGUGUUGAAUAUAGACAGGGCUGCUAAAACUGAACUAGCAAACUGGCAUUUUUUGAAGGUGGAAACUAGUCUUUCUUUAAUAGGUGAUGGUGGCGAGAUAGAGAAUGUGAUCAUUAUCCAUGGUGAACAUAUGAAUGGCCUUGGUGCCAGUCAAGCAUAGCUUUGAACUCUACACAGAUGAAACCAAAUUACAUAUAAUAAUAGACAACUUUAUUUGACCUGGUUUUUAGACUGACCUCUUCUUUUCCCAAGUGAACGUCCUUCAGCACUUCGUAAAAGGUAUGCGUGCUUUAUAUCUGGGUAGGUUUGUACAUAUUUAUAAAGAUGCUGUUAAAUAUUUCAGCAGUUAGGGAAUAAAAUACAGCAAGAGUUUCCCUGCAGUUCAUCAGCUUGCCAAGGGUAUGUGGUUCCAGAAGCCCAAUAAGGUCAUAGACCAUUUUUCUGCAGCAAAGCAACUUGUGGACUAGAAAGGUGAUGCUGUCACAGAGGCCUAGUCAACACAGCAACAGAAAUCAAAGCAAAAUAGCCAAACAAGUAAAACUAUCUAAGUUCCUGAUGAUAGACAGAACAGUAGAUUGAUGAUAGUUCUCCACAUGAAGCUGCCAGAAAAUUGAAAUCUUUAUCAGAGGCCCUUAGGUGGGUGAUUACUGGAGAGAGGCCUCUUAUUUUACUGAUAGUGCCAAAAUUAUGGAAUUCCCUUAAUAUGGACUAGGAGUAAGGAAUGUUUUUUCAGCCCAAGAGCUGUAUUCCCUUCUGGGCAAACUUCCAAGCGCCACAUGCCAGGAGUGGAUAGGGCCACAGGGAGAAAUGGAAGGAGCAAGAACAGCAACAUAUUGCCUUUAUACAUAAGGCUGGUUUAGCGGGUCUCAAACUUUUUUUUCUGGGCCCCAAUUUCAGAACAAAAAUCUGCAUUGUAUUUUAUUUGAUAAGAAAUGUAUUGGAAAACAAAGAGGAAAAAACUCCUAGCAGCGCUUGAGUUAUAACAAAGAACACAAGUACUUUAUCAUAUGAUCCAUGGGACAUCCGGAAAAUAAAAAACAUGCAGCUACAUGAAUCAAUCGCAAAAUACAAUAUUGAUUGCUUUGAAUCUUCCACCACACUUGUCAGGAGGUCCUACACAUGAGUAGGCAUCCGGCAGAGACACAUGCCCGACUGGCAUGUUCUCUCCCUCCUGGUCGGUCGUUCAGGAGCUUCAAAAGCUUUCUCCAGCCCGAACAUCACAGUGACUGAUACCAAGAGGCAUGAGCACACUUUAGGAUCAGCAGAGUGUGUGCAUUCAGCGUACAGACUCAGUAGUGCAGCAUUUUGGCUAAACUACAUUUAUUUACAUAUACACACUCAGCGCAUCUUAACUCAGCUCCUUUCUCUUCAGCAUCAAACAGGAAAGAGAAAGAACAAAGGACCAAAAUCCUACAUCACAGAAACUCAGUAAUACAAACAUCCUGUCUCUGUCACUUCCCACAAUGUGGAAUGAAAACAUGCACAGUCAUGUGAGAAAAACAAUCCCAUGACUGCAGCACGGGGAAUGAAUCCUAACAACUUGCCAUCCCCUCCUGCCACACUAGUGUGGCACGCCAUGCCCUUUGAGAACCACUGAGCUAGUUUCUACACACACACACACACACACACACACACACACACACACACCUCAAUCCUUCAUCCAGACAAAAGGAGUAAUGAUUGGAGUUCAAGGACGCAUUCCAGUCGGGCAAAAACAGAUGAGAUGUGAAACAGAGCCAGUGAAGGGUGUGGCUUGGGAAAAAUUCUGAGGGACACAUCAAACGGAUUGGAGGAUGAUAUGUGGUCCCCAGACCUGGGACUCCCUGCCUCUGCUAUACACAUAUGCCACCUUCACUAUAAUCUUUUGGUGCCAAGUGAAGUCUAUAAUUCUGUAUCAUUCUAAAGGAAGGGUAUGUGCACAAAUGCCAAGCCCAUGGCAGCUAGGGGUGUGACCAGAACACAUGUUGGUGCAGAGGGGAGUUUGGCUAGCAGGUUCCCACUACCAGCUCACACAUUAGUUGAAAAGGAAGAGCGUCUUUUGAACAUCCUUUUAGUUGCACUGGUGUCAGUUUAUUUAGUUAGUUGAGAAACCCAGUGCAUAAAGACAGAAGAUAAAGACAUUUGAUAAGACACAUCAGGAAUGGGGAAACAGGAACUGAUAAACUGGCAUGCAGGAACGGAAGUAGGUGGGAAAGAGGCAACAGCAGAAAGUGUAAGGAUGAAUGGGAACCCAUGAAAGAGGCAAGUGAAAGAUGGCGUGUACUUGAAAAUAAGAUGGGAGCCAGACAUGAAGUAGAGAGAUGGAGGACUGGAAUGGAGGACAGAAAGGGAGCAGACAUGUGUAAGGGAGCAUGAAAUGGAAUUGGAAGGCCCAUAAGCUUGAAGUGAACAGUUAAUAAGCUUGAACUGAAAUUAGGUAUUGUAUUCUGAAUUAACUGUGGGCAGCCCUGACAUAGCAGAUGCCUGGUGUGGUGGGAACAUCAAUUUACCCAGUUGGUGUGUUCUUUCCAAUGGUUUUCUUAAAGGAAUAAAGCUGUCAUUUCAUCCAUCCAUAUUUCCGUCUUUAAAAACUUCACUCUGUUAAGCAAUAGAAAACCAGCAUAUGAAGCUAAUGGAUCACUUAGCAAAACAGCCUUCUACCUGCAGAGCUAAUUUCAAGUUUUAAAUUCAGAAUGUAAUCUACAUUUUGUUGGCUAUUUGUGUUUUUCACAUCCAUUUUAUGAUUUGAGCAUGAAACUAAUCCUUUUAUGACAGCAUGUGUUAAUUUCAUCUGAGCUUUCAGGGACCCUCUCUAAAUUAUCUCACACAGUGGUCUCUUUUAAUUUAAGGAUAGAAGGCAGCAAGUCAGAGCCCCAAGCUAGUAAGGAACAAGAGCUACUCAAAUAUGAUACAAAGUGUGCUAGUUUACUGUAGCUCUUAAUUGAUAAUUACAAGCUGCUGAAUACGUUGUUUAGAUCAUUUUGUAAAUGUAAUGUGUUUUCUUUAUCUAAGAAAGUUUAACAUAAGCAGGUAAACAAACGUUGCCUCAGCAAAUUUGGGUAAGUAUUCUUACCAGUCACAGGCACCCAAAGAGGAUGGGCAUUCUUACAUUUUUACUAGAGUUGGAUUGAAAAUGUAUCCCAUGCAUUCUUUUUCUACCACUCUCCAUCAAUUUAUGAGGAAAGAAAUUGCAUUUAAAAAUUAUCAAAGAGGAGAGAAAGUUUCCAUGCUAUUUUCAUGAGUCGAGUAUAGGGUGGUGGUGGCUGUUCUUAUCUUACUUCGAGUUAUGUUUCUGAGUCUCCAUGCUUCCAUUCUGCAGAUCAUCUCUCCAGUCAUUCAUCCCCUGCAGCCUUCCUGGGUGCCAGCACUUUCAUGAAAGCCCAGAGGAUAAUGUCAUGAAAUCAUUCCUCCUAUUGGGCUUUUGAAGAUCAGGAAAAGUGGGCAGCCAGGAAGGAUGCAGAAUGUCACAGACAUGGAAAGGAAAACAUGUACACACACCACCUUCAGUUUCCUUGCAGUCAUAAGGUAAGCUCAAAGCCACACAUCCAUCAAAAUUCUAAAAAAAAUUCAAAAGUGAGAAUGAAACAGAAUAAUAGAAGCAUCUUCCACAGGCAGAAAAAACUUUUGAAAACACAGAGAACACAACACUGGUUUUGACUAUCCCCACCAGACAGGUUGAGCCUCCAGAACUGGCAUAUAAAUGCUUUGCAUUUAUGCUCCUGAAGCAAGAAUCAUGUAUUUGCUAUCAUGGAUAACUAUACUGAACAAUAACAGGUCAGAGAACAGUAUGGGGGACACUUAAAAGAUAAAUAAAGUUUAUUUCUUGCAAAAAAUCUUGACCGCACUGCAUGACAGUGAUUCAGAUAGGCACAGAAUGGAGAACAAUUGUAUAUGCAAUGCACAACAAAGUUACAAAAUAACGGUUCCGGAAAACUUUUAAAUUGUUGGUAUGUAUCCAAAAUGUUAAUGCUAGUACCUAGCAAAGCAGAAAUAGUUGCAAAAAAUAAAUGGGAAUGUUUGGCACAUACCUCUUGCUCUGUGCUGUUCUUAGUCACUUGUUUUGUACCUCUGUUUUGAUUUACUGAUAGACAGCCACAGAUAAUGGCACUAUUAUACAACUGUGCAAGGAAGUGAAGUAAUCCAAUUUUCUUCCAAUUCCCAAUGAAUGGCAUAUUAAUCUUUCAGUUCUUGGUUCAGCUGUUUGAGCUUCAUUUGAUAUAAUCUGAUGUGAUUCAUAUAUGGAUAUGAAAAGUUUAACAAAACAUACUGAAAACUCUUGCAUGCUACACCAUGCUGGCUUUUUUUUUUUUUUUUUUUUUGAGUAGAGAGUAAGCUUUGCCUCUGUUUCCCAUUAAAACUGAACAUAUUUCUGUUGAACCUGCAUUAAUAUAUCACACUAUAGCAGCUUUCACCAACUGAGUGUCCUCCUCCAUUGCUGUGCUGGCCAAGUAUGAUGGGGAGCUAUAGCCAAACACAACUGGAGGGUACCAGGUUGGCAAAGGUAUUGGCUAUAGUAUUGCCAGACAAUCUAACAAUGGAACAGUUGUGCUUAGAAAUGUAUAUUUCAGUGUUGGUAUCUUCAAUCAAUCAAUUAUUUUAUUUGUACGCUACCUUUCCAAAGUUAAAACCAUGCUCAGGGUGGCUUACAACAUAUAAAAAAAAUCACAUAACUACAAACAUAACAAAGGUAGUCAUAAACAAUGAACAAAGCAUCAAAAAGUACACAACCAAUUUGAACAAUUUCCACAUAAAUCAUUAGAUCCAAAAUAAGGCUACAAAAAUUUAACAGCAACAGCAGCAACAACGCCCCCCAAACAAUACUCCAGACCAAGAGUCUGUUCAGCAGCAUCAGUUUUUGUAGCUGGAGUCAGUCAAAGCGUUUGUACAAUUUUAAUAAUUUGGAUCUUACUUUCAGUCACUUGUAUAGUUUUUGAUCUUGAGAAAAGGCAUUUAGCCACAUAUAUACCACAUUAAAGCCUAGUGCACAUGUUGCACCAGAAACUGAUAAAUCCUAGUCCAUGUCACUUAACAAAUUUCCAUUACAGUGGUACUUCAGGUUACAUACACUUCAGGUUACAUACGCUUCAGGUUACAGACUCCGCUAACCCAGAAAUAGUGCUUCAGGUUAAGAACUUUGCUUCAGGAUGAGAACAGAAAUCGUGCUCCGGCGGCACGGCAGCAGCAGGAGGCCCCAUUAGCUAAAGUGGUGCUUCAGGUUAAGAACAGUUUCAGGUUAAGAACGGAUCUACGGAACGAAUUAAGUACUUAACUCAAGGUACCACUUUACAGUUAUUCAGGUAAAUGCUUGAGGAUGAAAACAGCAAGUGUUAAUGUUUACCUAAUGGCUUGUGACCCAGGUACCUGAGAGAGCACCUACCUUCCACAAGUGCCUGCCCAAGUAUGGAGGUCAUCACUGGAGGUUUUAUUUUUAUUUUGAAUGGCCCACCUUCUAAAGUCAGGUGGCUGGCAACCAGGGAAAGGGACUUUUUCCAUUCCGCUGACUCACCUUUAGAACUCUCCUCAGGGAGCCUUUCCAGGUCAGCACCACCUUUGAUACCUUUUUUGCAGCAUGUGUAGAUCUCCUCCUCCUCCUGAGCUGGAUCUCUCUUCCUGCUGUGAUGCCCCUUUUACAUAAACAGCAAGUUUAGCCACAUUGGCCCAUAUGAAACAUUCCAAAAAAACCAUAUAAGGAAAAUAUCCUUAUUUCCUAUUUUCUGACAUUUUGGUUGGUCAAACAAAUAUUGCCUUAAUACCUCAUAUGUGUUUUAUUUUGUUGAAAUGUGCUGUUUGAUCAUUUUAAUUGCUGUCAUAAAUUGUUAGCUGCCUUGAAAAUAGAAAUCCUGAAGGAAAAACAAUGCAUGUUGAAACUAAAUAAUUUCAAACCUUCACAAGCUGCGGUUUCCCCUCUUCCAACUAUCUGUACAAUGGACUUCAUCUUUAAUUGACAUGUCAGUUGGAUUGUUUUCUAGUUCUUUGACCCUGUUCUUUUGCCGGUUGCCAAGACUACCCUGCAGAAGUAGAGGGUGUGAAAACACCCAUGUAAACAGAGUGACCGUUGCUAAAUUAAAUUGCUAUGGUGAGAAUGCAGUAUUUGUGUAAUUAAUUUGUACUUUAAUUGCUGUGCAAUAUGAAUAUCAGCAGUGUUUUCUGUGUACUAUGAUAGCUCCUUUGGGACUUGAUGAAGAUUGGGGCGGUUCCUGUUUAGACAUCUUAAAACAAGGCUACUAUUUGAUUAUCAUCUACAGAUUGGUGUAAAGAGUGAGAAGCAAUAAAGGACUCAAAGAGUAAUAAGACUGUGCAUCUUCAUCCAGUGUGACUAACUUUUUAGCCUAAAAGUGUGACCACUCCACAUAAACAUGCAUACACACAACAUAUACACACAGCCUCCUCUCCACUCUCCACUCAUUUGCAUCCACAUAAAGGUGCCGUGCUGCCAAAAAUUGUGGCUUUUAGGGUGGGCAUUAAAAAAUUGCUAUGGGGCCAUACCAGGCCCUCAAAGCAGGGGUUAGCCACCCCCCAAUCUACCUGGACAUACUAAGCAAGCAGCUUGCAGUCAUUCUCAACCUUGGGUCCCCAGAUGUUGUUGGACUACAACUGCCAUCAUCCACAGCCUGCAGAAGUAGCAGUCAGGAAUGAUGGGUAUGGUAGUCCAACAUCAUCUGGGAACCCAAGGCUGACCUAGAGGCUUCAUUUGAGCCCCUGGAAAACAGGGACACUUGGAGGGUGUGAUAAAAGCUGAAAUGGUGGUUUUGAGUUUUUUAGAAAAUCAUAUCCAAGAUGCAAAUGGAAAGUAAGAAAGGUAGUAACCAAACUCCUAUAGAUAUAGCACUCCUCCUAGCCAGGUGUGCUACUGGGAUGAAUUAGAGGGGAGGCAGCCACACAUCAUAUUAGGCAUGUCACUCCACCCUUAAAUGUGGUUAUUCCCCCCCCUUUUUUUUUAGAAGUAGUCAGUAUGGAUACUGAUCUGGAUUGGGAUCCUCAUAUGUGAGGCAGGAGAACUUGAACUCUCUUCCCUGUGCAGUGGACCCAGUCUGAACUGGGGAAGCUAGAACAUCUGCAGCAGUUGUUCCCAACCUUUUUAUUGGCCAUGCCCCACCUAAGCAUCUCCAAAAUCCUGAUUCCCACCCCCCACCCCGUGACAUAUAAUUCUUAUUAUUCAAAAAGCUAGCUCCUAUUCAGGUGGAGGAAGCCGAAAAGGCCAUAAACAAGCUUCCAAAUUGCCCCCUUUAAAAAUCAAAUUGUCCCCCUGUGGGGGCGUGUGUCCCACGAUGGGAACCAUGGAUCUACAGUUUGCUUUGCGGUGAUCUUUCAUUAUACAGUGGUACCUCGGAUUACAUAUGCUUCAGGUUACAGACACUUCAGGUUACAGACUCCACUAACCCAGAAAUAUUACCUCGGAUUAAGAACUUUGCUUCAGGAUGAGAACAAAAAUCGUGCAGUGGCAGGCCCCAUUAGCUAAAGUGGUACCUCAGGUUAUGAACAGUUUCAGGUUAAGAAAAGACCUCCAGAACAAAUUAAGGACUUAACCCAAGGUACCACUGUAAUGCAAACUGCAGGCCAAGAAAGCAAUGAGUUGAUGUGCCUCUUCUCCCCACACUAGGGGGUCCAAACCACUCCUCCCCCAUGCUGGUUGUUUGUAAACAUAAACAACAAGACCCUGCAUAGGGCAGUGGCAUGACUUGGAGGAACUUGAUUUUGCAAGCACAAGAUGCAGGAUGCAGGAUGAAAACCCAGGAGAUGGGAUUAAACUUCACUGAAGGAAGGCAAACAAUGUGAGACAGAUGGUCUUUCUUUUUUAAAAAAAAACAACAACCCAGCCUUAUUGUAAUAAGACACACCAGGCUCUAUAAUUCCUGGCAGUUUCAGCAGAAUUAUACACAGCAGUUGGAAGGCACCAGGCUUUGGGCCAAGAAAACCUAACCACCCAGGAAGUGAAAUAAUCACUGUGAAAUGUAUGACUUGAAAGGUUUUCUUUCACAGUAUAUUGUAGGCAACGUACAUAAAGAGAAGGUUGCAUAUGGCAUUAUAGGCAUGGGACCAGAUGCUCUACUUCCAGCAGUCUUUAGACACGUAGAUUAGAAUGACUAAGAAAUAAUGCCUUUAAUUUUACUUCUUUGAUGUGACUGGAACACACAAUUACCCAAUCUAUGUGACACAUGUAACUGACACUUAACGUCUAUAUGAUAACUGACACAUUUCUUCUUUAGAUGCCUUCAUGAUUUAAUUUCUAAUCUCAAUGGCACUCUGGGCAUUUUGUUAUGUUUCCCUUUGUUUAAUUAUUUUUGGAACCCAGUUUUUGAGACCUGCUUACAGGAAUUCUGUGGUGGAUUCUGCUCCUGUUCUGAAAAGAAUCAAGUGUAAACAUACUGGGGUUUUAUGGGCACUCUAUUUGUCUGAGAUUCUGUACUGUAGUAUUAAAGCAGCUGCUAAUAACCUCUGUGUGCAUAGCUGAAUGCAUUUUCUUUCAUUUCUGAGUGCUUCUUAAGGUUAUACGUGUGAAAAAUGCUUUUAUUGGUGAACUGCCUGCGAUUAGAGCUUUUUUUUGUUGUUCCACAGGUUAAAAAAGCCUUGCAUAUAACCUGAAAAGAUGGACUGAGGUUCCUGCUGUGCAAACCAAAGGUUAGAUUGAUGAGCACCCCAACCCUUUGAUCUUCUCAUCGCCUUCCAGCUGCUGGUUAGAUUGUCUCUUCGGGGAUAAUGAACUCCCUCUCUACUAGAGGUUUUUGUGACAGUUAUUACUUCAUGGCCAGAAGAUUUCUUCUGCUCAGUGGCUUGUUGGGUAGAGGCAAAGCACAUAUGCCUUUAUUUUAAAAGGUGAUGCAGUCGAAAUAAUAUUUGCACCAAACACAACAUAAAGGCUGAAGCAGCUAGCUAGGCAGCUGCCCAGCAACCAGAUCACUGUUGUUUGCCAAGAGGGAAAGGGGCAAGGUGGUGGGGAGGCAGGCAGGGUGCAAAUGCACACGUGGAGCCAAUCUGGUGCUCCAGUCUUGCCAGUGUGUUUGCUCUGUACCAACCGGCAGAGCUUUGCUGGGUUGUACGGGGCCUUUUACAGGCAGGCCCAAAGGAGGUGGGAGAACCAAUGGUAGCUCACUGUGACUGGUUUGCAAGGCAUUUUGAGGAUAAAAUUGCUUGCAUCCACCAACACCUCGACUCUGCUGUUAGUAAAACCUGGCUCAUAAGUCACGUUGGAUUUAACCACUUUCAUUUACACAUUCCCUUUAGACUCUUCACACUGUUUUCUUUGCUAUAGCCUGGUUCAAGUGACUAACUUGGCAGACAUUUUUAUAUUCUUACUACAAACUGUUUUCUCCCUAGGGUUGAGGACUGGGGAUAUCAGCUGCCUCAUCCUGGCCGAUGUACAUUGUGGUUAGAUGGCACUUGUCUUUUCAAGUUCCAACAAUAUAACCACUUUAAGGUUAACACAGGUUAACAAGUGAGAUUUAAAACAGACUUUUAUAUCGAUUCACUUAAUGACCUUGAACUGAAAAUAUACCAAUUAGACUGUCUUGGAGCUAUUUAUUUUCUGCUCCAAUGCACACAGCUAAAUAGUCACAGCUUCAUAACGGUUUAAAUUUUUUUUUACUUUUGCUGAUAAAGUAUGAGACUUCUGCCAACAAGGCACUUCAAUGCGACUAUGAAAAAUUAAAGAUCUAAAGCAGCUGAUAAUUUAUUGUGAUUAAUUGUUUCAAAAGUUGAAGAACUCAAAAGGAUGGGGAACAGUAAAUAAUGCUUUUUGUCCUCUCUUUUCCAUGACAGAAACAGAACUUGUGAACCUCCAUUUUCCAGACCUAAUUCUAAUGCUCUGCAAGUUAUAAAGUACCUGCCCUGCAUUUAACUACAGUUUCUACUGGCUCAUCACUGGAAUCCUGAAUUUCUGAAAAGUAAACCUGUAUUGCAAGGGCUUGUCAUCUUACAUGCACCAUUUGCAUUUUAGGUGUUCCUUUAAAGGAUUAUAGGUGCAUAUGUUCACAGAUGUGAAACAUUUAUUGGAAGUAUUAUACAUGUAUCAGGGUGGUUAUAUUACAGAUACUGCUGGUAUAUUUUUGAACCUUUUGUUUCAUUCUCAUUUAGUUUUUGUUUGGUAGAAUUUUUAACUGCAUGUUGUUGUUGUUUAGUCGUUUAGUUGUGUCCAACUCUGCAUGACCCCAUGGACCAGAGCACGCCAGGCACUCCUGUCUUCCACUGCCUCACGCAGUUUGGUCAAACUCAUGCUGGUAGCUUCGAGAACACUGUCCAACCAACAUCAUAAUUUUUAUAUGCCUGUUGUCUUUGUCCAUGAAGUUUUCUUGGUAGGGAUAUUGGAGUGGCUUGCCGGUUCCUCCUCCAGGUGGAUCACGUUGAGUCAAAACUCUCCACUAUGACCUGUACAUCUUGGCUGGCCCUGCACAGCAUAGCUCAUAGUUUCUCUGAGUUGUUCCAGCUCCUUCACCACAGCAAGGCAGUGAUCCAUGAAGGAGUUUAACUGUGUAAUCCUCUUUUAAAUAUAUCCAAGUUGGUGGUUGUCACUACUUCAUAUGGGAGCUAAUUCCAUAAUUUAACUAUGUGCUGGGGGGGGAGUGCUUUCUUGUGAUCAUAGAAUCCUAGAGUUGGAAGGGACCUUGAGGGUCAUGUAGUCCAAAUCCCUGCCCAAGGUGAGAUUCAGAAUCUCAUGCUCUACCGUCUGAGCGAUCCUGUCCUGAAUCUUCCAACCUUCAUUGGAUGACCCCAGAUUCCAUUGUUAUGGGAUAGGGAGAAAAAUGACUGUGUUCACUUUUCCAACACCAUGUGUGGUUUUAUGUACUUCUGCACUAACAAAAUAAUUAUGGCCUAUGUUUUAGUGGAUAGAGGUCACUUCAUCAGAUGCAAGAAGUGCAGCCCUCGGUAGGCAAGUAUUUUGUUAAAUGCCAUGCCCAUAAAAGAGAGCAGCAUUUCCUUCCCAUUUAUGGCCUCCCCAAAAGUGUCUUAAGAAAUGCCACUGUAAAAGUAUUGUUCAGAUAUUCCUGCAGCACAGAGUGAAAAAUAUAUUCAUGGUUUAUUAUGUGUGUACAGUUUGUCCCUUACAUUUCAUCUCCACAGAAACCUCACUUAUCACGUCUACUUCUUAAAAGCAGUUCCAUUUCUCUACUUCAGGCUUCCAAUAUUUGUGCUCUAUUACGCUUUUGCCUGCUUUCCAGAUGGAACUUGUCGGUCAUUAUGAACAGCCUGUUAAAUCUCUUGCCUAUAGCAACUUUUAGCCAUCAUUUUUGAACCAAACAAAGGGGACUCCCUUAUCACAGCACUCCAUCCGGGACUUGGCUAUAGAAAUGAGGGAACGUAGAACAUAACAAAGCCCUUCUGGUCUGAAGCUCUGCUCUUUUCCAUGGCAGGUUGCAUGGAAUAAUUUAGUGGGUGGUGAACUGAAAGCUAAUAGUGUUCCUUUCUGCAGUCAGUGCCUCACCUUCUGCAGUCAAUACUUCAUCAUAGCAGAGAAAGUUCCAAUAGAUAAUAGCUGCAUGCCUAUUAGUACUGAAUAUGAACAUUCAAAGAACUGAACCCCACAUAAGUCUGUUGUUGCAAAAACAACAAAUGUUCUUGUAGCUCUUUACAGAAAUACAGAUCUAUUGUGGCAUCCAUGGUAAUACACUGGAGCCCACAUCAUCAGAUAGCGCAGAUGUAUCUGAUGAAGUGGGCUCUAGUCCAUGAAAGCUUAUGCCACAUUAAAUCUGUUAUCCUUAAGAUGCCACAGGACACCGUAUACUUACAGAUGAAGAGUUUCCAAGUUUUUAAUUAAAAUUUGUAUAAUUGCCACAGAAUUUGCAUUCUGCACACUCCAAGAACUGUCAAAAGUUCUUAGAGAAUUGUUUUGAAUUUGAAUACUGUAACAUUACUGCUGGAAGUCUCAGAACUUCUCGUUUCAGCAACCUUGAAGUAUGUUCAGAAUGAAGAUGCAUAAUAUCCUAGCUCUAUAACAAGCCCCAGUCAAUAUAUAUCUCUUUAUAUGCCCAUGGAUGCACGUUGAACACCCACAACAAAACCAAAAACACAUUCUGGCAUAUGGGAACCAAAAAUGCUGGAAAACAGUGCAGAUUCAUAAACAAAGUGCCACCCUGGGACAAUACAGUGGUACCUCGGGUUACAGACACUUCAGGUUAAGAGACUCUUUGGGUUACAAACUCCUCUAACCAGGAAGUGGUUGCUCUAGGUUAAGAACUUUGCCCCAGGAUAAGAAUGGAAAUUGUGCGCCAGUGGCACAGCAGCGGCAGGAGGCCCCAUUAGCAAAAACACACCUCAGGUUAAGAACCGUUUCUUAAUUCUGGAAUGAAUUAAGUUAUUAACCCAAGGUACCACUGUAGUUUGGCUCCAUAAAGUUCAUUGCCACUGUGAUCUCCUGCACAUGAAGAAACUGAUUGCUGCUCUACAAGACUAUAUCUGACCCCCACCCCCAUACACAGAGUGGGAGCUGGUAAAGGAAACCGUGAAGAAGGCACAAAUCUUUUCACUGACCCUGGGAAGAAGGGUGGGUUAGAGUUGUCUAUAGAACAUUUUAACAGCUAAGUUUUAUACAUAUCUAAUAAGAAGAAUAGGAACCACUUCCAGGUUCAUGUGCACAGCAAGGAAAAGGAACCUAAGGCCCAGGGGCCAAAUGACUUCUCUCUUUACCUGGUCCUUAGGAGUCUCCCUAGGGCACUUUCUCCACAACCACAUUCUGCACUGGCCCCAUCUCAUGUGCCCCUUGAGCAUUUUUGCCUGGCUGGAAUGGAUCACUGAACUCUGUUUAUACUUCCUAGUUUCCUGGAUGGGGGAUAGAGAGGUUUGUGUACAUAGGAAUAGAACUACUGUGCAACGCUAAAAAUUGCAUCCAUUGUUUAAUACACUUUUGUCUCUGGCUCCUGCCCAGAACUGGCAUGUGGCCCAAGAGAGUUGCCCAGACAGGAAUAGGGCCUUCUGUCUAAAAAAGGUACUCUGUCCUUGUUAUAUAUUACAUACCUUCCAAAAUUUCUCCAAUGAAAAUAGGGACAUACAAUUCAAUGUUUUAUUGUACCCCGCCCAUCUGAUUGGGUUGCACUUGCCAUUUUUGGUGGCUUCCAAUAUAUAUAAAAACAUAGCAAAACACUAAACAUUAAAAAAACUGGGCUGCCUUCAGGUGGCUCGGGGCUUGGAUAACUCAAUGCCCUCCAGCAUUUCUCCAAAGAAAAUAGGGACAACCUAAGGAAAAGCAGGACAUUCCAGAAUCAAAUCAGAAACCAGGAUGGCUUCUGUAAAUCCAAGACUGUCUCUGGAAAAUAGGAACAGUUGGAGGGUCGGAUAGGAUUGCAGCUUUAGUAUUGGUCAGACUAAGAUCAAUCCCCAUUCUGCUUUCAAAUGUGUGUGAAAGAUGCCGGGGUUGGACCAGGAUUCCAGUGUUCUGACUCUGGAUCUGGGGCCAGCGGUACCCAAAACAAGGCAUGCUUAGUUCCUAGAGCCCAGAUGAAGAUGGAAUGAAGAUCUGAAGCAUUGGCCUCUGUUACGCAUACUCCUAGCUUCAGCCUUCAUAGCUGUUGCAUAGUCCAGGCAUGUAUAAGACUGCAGGAUGCAUCAUGUCUUUAUAUUAGAUUGUCAGAACUAAAACAUUGUGCUAGUUAACUUGUGAGAUAACUUCAUUUAUUUCCUGAGCUCCCCAGACAGAUAUACCAUAAAUUGCUGUUAUAGGAAGGUAAAUUAUAGUCGCUCUAUAGCCUUGUGAUUUGCAUUAAGUAAUAUAUCUUUAGUCGUCAGAUCAAUACCAUUACAGAAUUCUAAGCUGUGGCUUUCAGCAAAUAAUUCCCAUGUCAGAGAUGCAAUUAAUUGAUUGUUGUUGUAUGUGGGGUUAUAUAUAUAUAUAUAUAUAUAUAUAUAUAUAUAUAGUCUCAUAUUUUACAUGCACUUAUUAAAUGAAGAUAGGGAAACAAAAGCCCCCUGAUGUGAAGCUAUUGCAAUUACCCUCAAGUAAUUUGCCAUUUAAGAUGUAGCCCUUUACAGGAUUAUACUUACAAGAUAAAAAUGACACUAUCAAGGAUUUCAAUGCAUACAGAAUGCAUGUUAGGGUCCAGCUUAUUAGGAAGUGAACAUUGUUAUUAGCUCAUUGGCGGGGAGAACAGGGGACACAUUUUUUUCUAAAAGGAUUACAUUUCUAUAUAAUGAGCCAAGCCUAUUGAAGAAUAAUAACAGUUGACUCAAAAGGAUGUUUUAGUAAAACUGAAUCCUUUUUUUUAACCAUUUUGUUGUUGUCUUUUCUGUAAUAACAAAAACAGUGUAGUUUGUUCCAGGAUGGUGUUUUAAUUCAUUAUUGAGAGAGUCUAUGCUGCUAUUUGAUUUCAAUAGUAUGAGUGUUGGAUUAGGGCAAUGGUUGCUGUUUCUUUAUUCUCAAAUGCUAAAAUGCCAAUAAUAUGUGAGCAACCAGGAAAGUGCUGCUACUGUACAACUUUUGCCCAUUUCCUAAAACCUUGGUGAAAAACGGUACAGGCCCACAGGGAGAGAGGUCAAUAACAUGCCGAUAUAGUGUUUUAAUGUGUGAUGUUUUUGUGCUUAUAUUCUCAGCAUUCCAUCACACAAAUUUUUAAUCUUGGUGCUUAUGCAGCAUCUGGCUGUACUUGGGGGAAUAGAUGCAGCUGAGCUAGCAGAAAUCCAAACAAAGUUGAAGGUUUCAUAGUUAUCAGAGCAGUCACUGGGGAGAAGGUGCUAGGGCAGCUUGAGGAAUAGCCUUAUAUGACUAUUCCUGGUGGUAAUUCAGAGGCUGCAGCUGUUACGAAAGGUAUGGUCACUCCUCUAGAGUAGUGGAACCAUUACAGUAGUGCCUUGGAGCACUCAGAUGGAUGUCUAAACAAAAGUGAAUGUGCUAGUUUUGAUCUUUAAACAUAAAACCAUGGAAACUGGUUCUUCGGAUUACAGUGGUACCUCGGGUUACAAACGCUUCAGGUUACCAACUCCGCUAACCCGGAAGUAGUACCUCAGGUUGAGAACUUUGCCCCAGAAUGAGAACGGAAAUCGCACACCGGCGGCGUGGGGGCAGCAGGAGGCCCCAUUGGUGAAAGUGCACCUCAGGUUAAGAACAGUUUCUGGUUAAGAACGGACCUCCAGAAUGAAUUAAGUUCAUAACCCGAGCUACCACUGUAUUCUGGCCAAUGGAAGCUGCCUUUGUUAUAUGGUCAUCUGGAAAUAUCUCUCUCUGGAGAUUUGCCAAAGUGUAAGAGGCAUUUUCUUGAAGCACUAUAAGACAUAUAUUGUCAAAUUCACUCAGCAUUGGCAUGGUGAUAUAUCAGCUUUGUACAGUUGAUAUUUUAGUAUUGUGUUUAUCCAACCUCAAGCAUUGCUGGUAGAAAAGAAUGACACUCCAAUAUCUGAUCUGUAUCAUAAACACUGUUGCUGAUAGUUUGUCCUUGAAAUGGGUUAGCAUAUAUUUCUAUUUUUAUAUAUAUAGAAACUUAAAACAAAAACAACCAAGUCAUUUCCAGAAAUGAAGCCACCUCCAGGGGUGCAGACGUAGCUGUGUAGUUUGGACAAGGGGAAGGCGACAGGGACUGGGGUUCCCUGAUCAUUCAGCCAAAGCGGGCAUUCUUUUGCAUAAAGCCAGGAGUGGUUCACUCAGGGCGGAACCUAAGCAGCAGCUUCCCAGAAACAGUCUCUACCGCUUAUCAGGAGCAUGAAGGGAGGCGAUGUAUUGGUGCACCAGUGGAGGUCCAACUCCCAAGCACAUUAAACCAAAAUCAGUGAAAAUAAUUCAAAGCAAAUAUACUCAUGACCAGACCGCUUGCAAUGGGCCAACACAUAUUCAUUUUCAGCACAGAAAGCGAAAGAAAGAAAGAAAGAAAGAAAGAAAGAAAGAAAGAAAGAAAGAAGACUUUGUGCCCUCUGCAUUAACUUUUUCCAAGACAGAAUGGGAUCCGAAAAAGGACAGCAAAGUGCAUAACUACCCAAAGGUUUAAUUAACAUCCUACAAAAAGAGAAAAGGAAAUGAAUAUUUAAUCAUUCUCACAGCAAUAAAAAAAAUGGCAGACAUGCUGAAAAGCUAUAACUUGGAAUAAAGCUCCUCAUUUUCCCCAAGGCCUCAGCUUACUCUUUAUCUCACAGUGUAAAGUUUUAUGGCAUCCAAUAGAUGGUUGUUCAGGUCAAAGGAUGAAUUCAGACAGCAAUUGGACACCAGUGGAGUUGCGGUAAUUACAGUACCUCUUAUGUGUCUGCCUUUCACACAAAAAUGUCAAAAACCUGAUUGGAAAGUUAUUGAAUUCUACUUUGUUCAUUAAAACUGAGUUUCUGACAGGCAGAUGAAAGCCUCCUAAAGUUAUUCUGAAAUUGAUUUUUCUAAUAGUUAAAAGUAUCUCUAGAUAGCUAGCAUUAUAAGAGUACAAAAUAAAGUUCUCAUUUUACCUUUUUUUUUUUUUUUACGUAAGUGCGUAUGAUGGUGUCAUUUGCUCUCAUGACAACUCACAUUCCUAAAGAUGGCAGAGUCCCACGAUGGAGACGUAUGCAGCCAGAGUGGGCAGUAGACAUGAAAUGGUAGAGCAGCCUUUGCCAACAUGGUGACCUGUAGAUGUACAACUCCCAUCAGCUCAAGCCAGCACAGGUGAUGGGAAUUGUUGUCCAAAGCAUUUGGAGAGCAUUGGGUUUGGGAUGGUUGUGCUGUAGGAUGUAGAAUUCAUCCAGUGCUGUUGGUUUUUCUGUUGCCUUUGAAAUCAUAACAGCAAUAUUGGAAUAUCCAACAGUGGAAGUGCAAUUUGUCGAAAUUGCUUUGCCCAAUGUCUGCAGCUAAUUUUAGAAAUGCAAACAAUACUUGCUAACAUCGGAGAACUGCACUCAACAGGGGACAAGCGAAUCAAACAAAAUGGAUCUGGUUUAAAUAGCCACCUUAUUUGCCAACUGUUGAAGACUUUGCUGAAAUGCUUGAAGUAAACAUAUAGUACAACAGAAGAAAACAAGCCUCAGGUUGAAGAAGCAAAGGCAAACGCUCACUGCUGCAUAUGGUAUAUCAUUACCGUUCUAAAUUUAAUGAAGUUUUAAAGCCUUGCGUUUCACAUCACAGUUGGUACUGAUAUGCAUUUUACUGUUAUUGCUGUUCAUUUGCCAAGUGAAAAUAAUUGAUGGUCUUUGCUUAGUGAAUUUCCCCAUUUCAUCUGCUUCUAACUGCCAUGUCUAUUAUUUUCCUGCAUGCGUUUGUGCUUUUAGAUAUGUAAAUUGUACGGUAGGUCAGAUAACUUUCUAUUGGGCUUGAAUCAUUAAAUCAGCAAAGGUCAGGAACAGCCACCCUUUCUCUCCUUGCCUUAUAAUAAUUCAUGAGUUCUUGUGUUGUUUCUUUGACAUCAGUAAGGAUCAGCUGUAGAACCACUGUUGUUCCUCCAGGUAAACAAGUCCUAUAGGACACCAUUCCAUAAUAAAAUCAGUUCACUCUCAUCUAUCACUGCAUUGCUUGACAUAUGUACACUGUUCAAUCCAUUCUGUUAUCAGCUCAUUCCAGUCAAUGGAAUGAGAUGAGAUACUUCAUUACUGGCGAGAAUAGAAUGGUACAUAAAAUAUUGUUACCACUCCCAAUCUCUGCAGCGCUGUGGCAAGAUUCCAGGUGAGAGGAAGGUUUCCAGGCAUUCAUCCAGGCUCUGUGUUUCUUUGAGAAUCAAGACGCAGUCAGAAGCUUUAAGAAAUAUUGUUUAUUCACAUAUUUACACCUGAGUUUAGAAAGAGGGAGUCCAGAUCUUACAGCAUUGGCAUCUCAAGAGUAACUUGCUCUGUGCAGCAGCUCAACAAUGCAGACAGAAUCAUCCCAGGUGCCAUCUGUCAGUGACUGGCUGGACAUUGAGGAUUGGUGGCUGAUAAGUGGGCAGUGGAAGAAGUAGGGUUUGAGACUGACUUAGAAGAAAGGAUCAGUGAUCUGGGGGGAGCCUGUAAUAGCCAGGAAAUGAGAGGCAGAGACAGGAGACGCUGCAGGAUUGGAGAGUGAAGAACAGGUGCAGGAGGUAGGUCAUAAUGCUGUACAGUCAAGGGCUUUCAGCUCCCCCAGGUCCAGGCAAGAAUUUAAGCAGAAGGAGCAGAAGCAGGUUGCACGUACUCAGUCUUCUCCUGCUAGCACGCAGCUCAG